AUGUCUAAUCACACCGCAGUUUUGGAAAUUACCUUAGUAGGAUUUCCAGGUCUGGCUGAUGCAUUUCAUGGCUUGGUAUCUACCAUGAUGUUUUUUGCCUAUAUCAUAUCCCUGACGGCCAACGGCACUGUCAUAGGUUUGGUAAUUUUUAAUGAACACUUACGUCAGCCCAUGUACCUGAUCAUAGCCAACCUUGCCGCCUCCGACCUGCUCUUUGACACCGUGACUUUACCUAAAGCUAUUGCCAUAUAUUGGUUUGGAGCUUCCACCAUUCCCGUGAAAAUGUGCCUAUUCCAGAUCUUUUUGGUUCAUUAUUUUGGAAGUCUGGAUUCAUUCCUGUUGAUGCUGAUGGCCAUAGAUCGGUAUGUGGCCAUCUGCCAUCCACUGCGAUACACCUCCAUUAUCACCAAUAAAAAAAUCUCCAUUUCCUGCGGCUUCUGCUGGAUCAUCUUGUCCUCUUCUAUAAACACAGUUGCUACCAUUUUGGCCUCACAACUCACCCUGUGUGGUGCCUACAGGGUAAAUAGUUUGUUCUGUGGCCACACCGCCUACGUGGCGGCAGCUUGUAUUGAUGUAUCCAGCUCAAGAAAUGUGGCUUUUGUCAACUCUAUGAUUGUUCUCUUAAUACCGCUUGGGCUGAUAUUGAUGUCAUACAUCAAAAUUAUAGCGGUAAUCUCAAUGACACGCACUGAGAACCUCCAGAAAGCGUUUUACACCUGUGUGACCCAUUUGCUGGUCAUCGCUUUGUAUUACACCCCUCGACUCUUUGUCUACAUUAUAAGCGUUCUCCCCUUUGUCACAAUGAGAUCCGAUGUGAACACUGUCCUCCUUUUCCUGUACUCGUUUGUACCUCACAUGGCCAAUCCGAUCAUCUAUUUCCUCCGGACCAAAGAAAUCAAACAGACCUUGAGACGCGUUCUUCUCCGCAGCAAAUUUAACAUGGGAUGGCGUCAAAAACGCCUUACUUUAAGACUGGGGGUUGAUAUUGGAAGGAUGAUGAUGUAAUGGACAGCAAACCUAAAAGUGAACCAUAAGUAAAAGUCCUCCAGAUGA